AUGGCAGUACUGAAGCAGGACCAGCGACGUGGUCACAGCACACAGGUCACUGCGCACAACGGCCUCGCCUCUGAGUCGACACCAGUCACCGCUCACAAUGGCCUGACCCCCGAGCCCGAGUCGGCCCCACCGCGUGCGCCUUUGUCGGUCCUGCCGCUCACCAUGAUCCUUCGCUCACUCGCUACUGCUUCGGUCUCGUCUUCACCAGCGUUGCUCGCUCCCUCGCUGCGUAUUAUGAGCGCGAUAGCGCACUCGAGCAACCCCAUUCUGAACCCUGAUCGCAACCCCCUGUUGCGCUUCGCACUCAAGAAGACAUUCUACGCCCAGUUCUGCGCUGGAGAGAACGCCGUCGAAGUCAACCGAACGAUCGACGGCCUCAAAAGCAUUGGCUUCACUGGGGUCAUGCUGUGCUAUGCGCGAGAAGUCGUCUUGUCUGGACAGCAGGCCAAGGCCCUCCGAGAGGGCAAGAUCGGCGAUGAGACCCCCGAGCUGAUCCAAAACGAAGUCGCACCAUGGGCCAAGGGCACGCUCGAGACCAUUCGCCUGGCACAGCCUGGCGACUUUGUUUCGAUGAAGUUUACCGGUGCCGGUAGCCUCGCCCUGUACCAGCUGUCCAACCGCCUUCCCUGCUCGCCCUACUUGGCUGAUUCCAUCGACGCAAUCUGCAAGCUCGCCUCGGACCGUGGUGUCCGCGUGGCGAUCGACGCUGAGCAGGACGCUCUGCAGGACGGCAUCGACGACUGGACCCUUCGAUUUGCCCGCAAGUACAACCGGGACCCCACCAACCCGACGGUGUUUGGUACCUACCAAGCGUACAAGAAGUGUGCGCCCCAGCUGAUGUUGAACCAUCUCGCCGAUGCGAAGAAGAACGGCUACACCCUAGGCGCGAAGCUGGUACGCGGCGCAUACCUCAACUCCGACCCCCGCGAGCGCUUCCAUGACACUGUCGAGGAUACCCACGCUUGCUUCGAUGGCAUGGCCGCCAGUCUGUUGACCCGUUCCUGGAACUCGACAGUCCGGGGCGAGGGCGAGUUCCCCGACGUCAGCAUGAUCAUUGCGUCGCACAACGCGGAGUCUGUUAGACGCGCUCGUGCCAUUUGCGACGCUGGAAAUGCCAAAUCCCCCGUCGCAUUCGCCCAGUUGCAAGGCAUGGCUGAUGAGGUCAGCUGCGAGCUCGUGGAGGCUGGCUUGCAACGCCAAAAGAAGCCUGGGCCGAUUGAGACUUCUCCUCGUGCUGCCGCUUCCGCACUACCUACAUUCAAGUAUCUUGUCUGGGGCUCAACUGGCGAAUGCAUGAAGUACCUCCUCCGCCGCGCACAAGAGAACAAGGAAGCCGUCGGCCGCACACGCACCAGCCGCGAUGCCAUGUGGGCUGAGCUGAUCCGACGUUGCAAGGUUGCGUUCGGCAUGACCGCUUAA